AGUGUUUGUCCGGACGUCGUGAGAGUUGGUUGUGGGCGGUUGGGGCCAGUGUGAGAGACGUUGAGAGGGAUCGUCAUAUUUUAACUACAUAUCUAAAUUUGGUGUGCCAUCAUGGAUCCCGAGGCAUUUUUAGAGUUGGCCAAUCAGGUCACAAAAUUAAAAAUGUUCCCAUAUUUUGAUAUAGCACAUUGCGUGAUUUGUUGUCUCUACGCCAGAGAAGAUGUUGGCACGGGCGCGCAGCCGUUCUCCCGGAAGCACCCGCUGGCCAACUGGGUGUCAUGCAUGCUAACCAUCUUCGCGGGGGGCAUCCUGACGAGCCUCCUGCUGGGGGAGCCUGCCUUGGGAGUCUUCAAGAACAACCAGCAGCUCAUGCUUGCCACCGCCGUCUGGUACGUCAUUUACUACUCGCCUUUUGACGUGGGCUACCACAUCGCCAAGUGCCUUCCUCUUAAAGUCGUCCUCGCUGCCAUGAAGGAAGUUUAUCGAGUGAAGAAAAUCAACGAUGGCGUGGGCCACGUUGCUAAGCUCUACCCUAACGGUUACGUCAUCAUGAUCAUCGUGGGCACCCUCAAGGGCAACGGCUCGGGGUUCAUGAAGAUCCUGGAGCGUCUCUCCCGCGGCGUCUGGACCCCCACGGCCGUAGAGUUCAUGCAGCCUGGCUUCGCCACGAAGGCCUCGAUCGCGGCGUCGCUGCUGUUCGUGCUCGACAGCAAGACUGACCUCAUCUCCGCCCCCCACGCCCUCGUCUACUUCGCCGUCUGCAUCUUCUUCGUCUACUUCAAGCUAUCGUCUAUUCUGCUGGGUAUCCACGACCCCUUCCUGCCGUUCGAGAACCUCUUCUGCGCGAUAUUCAUGGGGGGCGUUUGGGACUCCCUGUCCCGCACCCUCGGGGGGUCUAAAGGGGGAGCCUCGGGCACUGACAAGCAAGGCGACGCUCCCAAAAACGGUUAGCCCAUGUGCCGGCCGUGGAGUCUGUCAGGGACUUCUUCGAGGAUAUCUUCUAUUUCUUUCUAAAAUCUCGAUGAAGUGUCAUGUGAUUCUUCGAACUCAAUGCAACAACCUUCUAUGGUAACUUAUCUUCCGUAGUAAUUCGCUGGUUAGAAUUCUUACAUUUCUUUCACUCCAGCCUUUACUUCACUUAGUAGGAGUUGAUAAUUUCAGAAUCUGUAUGAUAUUUUAAUCAAUGAACUGCAAAGUUGGAUGAAGAACACACAUCGUCAUGAUUUUUAUAGGACCAUUGCGAAUACAGAUGUCGGGGGUGUCCAGUCUAAGUAAAUCACUGUAAAUGGAGAUGUAUGGACGUUUUUUUUGCCUGUUUCUUUCUAAAUUAAUUCGCAAAAAAUAAAUGAAUUUUAAUACGAUUGCGUCUCAAUCUUAUUUUUUAAUGAAAGCUCUACGUUGUUAAUCUAAUAAUAAAAGUGAUGGAAAGGCGGGUGUGUGAAUGUUAGUUGUUGAUAAGCAUUUAUAACGCAAUGCAAUGCAACACGCAAUGGAUGCAAGCAAAAUACCUAGCUUGAUACAAAGCAGCUAACUCGUGUAUUUUCUCAAGCACGCCAUCAACAUUUCUAGUCAUUGUGAAAAACGAUCGCCACAACCAAAUGUAAAAUAAAUAAUGCAUUAUGAGGAAUUAUUUAUUAUCGAAAGGAUUUAUAUACUCCAAUGAGCAGCAACCUGGUCUCCAACCGUUUUUAAACUCUUAGUAUCCUCACUGGUCGAAAAAAGGCUCAUUUCUUCUAUAGGAAAACAUUGAAAAUGCAAAUAUUAUGCAAGUUGUUAAUUCGAGUCAAACUGUAUUUUAAAAAAUUCCUAAUAAAAAGAUAGUGAU